ACGUUGGUUAGUGGAAAAACAAAAUAUGGUGAUGAAAGGAAAAUUUUAUUAUAAAACCAUUUAAUUUUAUAUAAUAUUUAGAAACUAAAUUCUCAUUCUAGGUUGAAGGAAAUGAAAGCUAGUCUCAACCAAACACCUCUAAAAAUGUUAAAUGUGAAUUAUGGCGAUGAAUCCAAAAAAAUUAAUGGGAUGAAAGUACGUUGGAUAGGUCUUGAGGGACACAAGCAUAUGACCAUAUGAAAUUGGAUGGACAUCAUAUAAGACGAAGGUAAAAAUAAAAAAUUUAAGUUAGUCAACAAACACUUUUGGUCUUUGACUGGGGGCCUUUCCCUCCGGUGCUUAAGGGUUAGAUCCGCCCCUAAACCAAAAUGAUAAUUUUGAGAAUUCCGGAUUCAAAUUGCUAAAUCCUAAACAUCUGGGAGCUAAUCGUCAAAUUUUAAAAAGUUCGGACUCAAAUUGCUAAAUCCUAAACAUUUGGGAGAUAAUCGUCAAAAUUUAAAAAGUUCGGACUCAAAUUGUCAGAUUGGGUGAAACCCCAGGAUUUGGCUAUUGACUUUAAGAUGAAAAAAGAUCGUUGUCUUCUUUUAUAUCAGAACGACUAGAAUAAGGACUGCGGUAUCGAUCCUCUCUGCUUCGGCGAUCUCAACCUCCGUCAUCGAACUCGUUCUACACCACCGUCCCCCUUUUGUCCGUCGGAGACGGCUAAAAUAUUUUCCGGGAAGUUGAAUUGUAACAGAACCUUGGGAUUGGUUCUUUCUUGUGAGCAACAAGGAUCAUGUCCGAGAAAAUGAAGGCUGCAGCCUUGUCAGCUACUAAAGGGCUUAGUCGUGUUCAAGCUGAACGUGCAGCAGCUAAUGCAACACGAAAUGUAAAUGCAUACGGGCAGAAGGAAGAAGGACCAAGUAGGUGGCAAGAAAAGAAAGAAGCAAAGACACAAAUGUAUCUGAAAAGUACCGAAAAACAAGCAACAUUGAACGAAAAAAAGUGUCAGAAAUGUCGUAAAACUGGGCAUUGGACGUACGAGUGUCAGAAGCAGGCACCAGAAACCCCCAAACUGGAUAUCAGGACACUGAUGUCACAGGAUUUGAAUGGUGUAGACACGAAGAAAGAGGAGAAAGCUGAAAGGAGUUCAAAGAAGGAGAAGAAUAGUAAAAGAAAAAACAGGAAAAGGAAGCAUAGGUCUAGAUCGACUUCAGAGUCAUCUGAUUCGGAGUCGGACCAUGAAGAUGGCGGAAGCCGAAGGAAGAAGAAAAAGCAUAGCCGAAGGUCUAAUAGAGAUCGGUAGUUUGAGUAGAAACUUACGUUACUUGGGGCGUCUUUAACUGUACUGCAAGUUUCACAUUUUGCCGGAGAGGAAGCUACAACCAACGGGUAAAAGAAUGGCAAAAUGCUGGAAAUGGGAGAGAAACGGGAUAAUAGUUCUAGAGCAGCUGUAAUAUCAGGUCUUAUAUAUAUUGCGAGUGUACCAUUUCCAUUAUGUGACUCUAAUUCAUAACAUGAAAGUCGAAAGCUCAUUACUUUAUUUGGUA